UGUGUGCUUAUAGAACUAUAUACUAGCUAGCUAUAUAGCUUAGGUAUAGUUAGUAACAGUUGCUAUAAUGACCUACAGAAUUGUUACAUUGACCCUGUCCAUAGUCAUAAUCACAUUUGCUCACAAGAAAGCAUUCUGUAAUGCCCAAAUCACAGAUGUGACCCUAUCAAGUGCUGGCAACAAAUUUGUGGUCGGUUUCCCCAGAAAUUUUGAUCAUGAAGCAGAACAGUUGUUCUUAUUUAUAACAAACCCAGAGUCAAGUGCUGUUAGCUUUACAGUCACUCCAAUUGAUAGCAGUGGGAACGUUUCAACAUCUUCAAUUACUAUAAACAUACCAUUAAAUUUUGAAGUUGUAUCUGUCGAUGAAAGGAACAAGGGGAUCCUUGUUGAAGCUAACGGAAACAUCAGUGUGUAUGGGCUGUCUUACGAUUCUGGUUCUGCAGAUGCCUAUUUAGCAUUACCAUGUACUAUAAUGGCAGUGGAUGAAUACGAAUAUUAUGGAAUCUCCUAUGUACCCUUUUGUAGCGUUAUUUUGUUGGUGGCUUGCGAAAAUGAAACUGUUGUCAAAUUCAAUUCUGUAACAAUAACACUCAAUAGUUUGGAAACGUAUCAGUUUGAAAGUAGUACUCAGGAUCUCACAGGAACAAGAAUAACUAGCUCCAAACCUUUGUCUGUGUUUAGUGGAUCUGAUUGUGCUAAUAUUCCUCAAGAUAUAAACUACUGUGAUCACCUGGUUGAACAAGUGCCUCCGACUGUGACAUGGGGCUCAAAAUUCCUCGUAGCAUCUCUCAAGGGUAGAUCUUCUGGUGAACGUAUUCGUGUUCUUAGUGCCCGAGCAGCAAGUGUAGCUGUGAACUGCAACACUAACGUAUCAGUCAGUGAAUUCCAGUUACAGAGUGGAGGGAGCUACCGAGAAUUUGAAAUACUUAUUAACAGUUUCUGUAGCAUCGAAUCCACUUCACCAGUACUGGUCGCACAGUAUGCAUAUGGUAGUGAGAGUGAUGGCGUGGGAGACCCAUUUAUGAUGAUAAUCCCUCCAAUUGAGCAGUUUACAAAUAACUAUUUAGUCGAGAGUUUCACUAAUUUCUCAUCCAACCAUGUCACGGUGUAUGUUUCUUCUGAGUUUUUUCAAACUGCACAAAUAUUUUUAGACAAUUCCAUUGUUACGGACUGGAGGAAUGUUGUCUGUGCAAGUGGAGAGAUUUGUGGCCAUAUAAGUAGAACAAAUGUGCCUACUGGAGCUCAUUCUGUCCGCCAUCAAAACAGCUCAGCCGUUUUAGGUGUUUCAGUGUACGGAUUCAGCUCUUCCAACUCUUCAGAUUCUUAUGGUUACCCUGGAGCCAUGAGGUUAUCUCCCAUACAUUGCAACUGUGGUCAAAAUUCUAUUUGUUUGAAUAACAUGGGACAGUUUAAUUGUAGCUGCUUGAAUGGAUUUGGUGCUCAAUUGACUGGAACUGAUGAAUUCACCUGUAAUGCCAUAACCUGUCCUCCAUCUACUGCUCCUUCCAUUGGCUCUGUGACAUACAGUGCCACAGCUGAUGAAAAUAACACCUAUGCCUUUGAUGUGGUAGCUACCUACAACUGUUUCGCUGGAUUUUCUCUUGUCGGCGACAAUACAAGGAACUGCACUGGAGAUGGCAGUAGCACUACUGGUGCUUUUGCUGGUAUAGCUCCAAUCUGUGCAGCUAUAACAUGUCCUCCACUUUCUAAUCCAACAAACGGCUCUCUGUCUUAUUCGAAUGUGCCUGGUCAAAACAACAGCUAUGCUUUCAAUGUCGAGGCUACCUACAGUUGUGAUACUGGAUUUUCACUAGUUGACAACAACACAAGGACUUGCACUGGAGAUGGAAGUAGCACUAAUGGUUCUUUUGAUGGAGAAGCACCAACUUGUGAAGUCAUUACCUGCCCUCCCCCGAGUGAUCCUGUCAAUGGCGCUGUGGUUUACAACAGUGAUUUAGAGUUUGGAUCGCAAGCUAUCUACAAUUGUAACACUGGGUUUUUUCUAGUUGGUAAUACGACCAGGACUUGUAGUGGAGAUAGCAGUAACACUACUGGUUAUUUUGAUGGAGAAGCACCAACUUGUGAAGUCAUUACCUGCCCUCCCCUGAACCAUCCUUCCAAUGGCUCUGUGCUUUACAACAUUGAUUUAGAGUUUGGAACACCAGCAAUGUACAGUUGUGACAAUGGAUUUUCUCUGGUUGGUAAUACGACCAGGACUUGUACUGGAGAUGGCAGUAGUAUUACUGGUUCUUUUGAUGGAGAAGCACCAACUUGUGAAGCCAUAACCUGCUUUGCCCUAAGUGACCCUAUGAACGGCCAUGUAGACUAUGAAGGUAUUUCUUCUAAUAACAACCAAUUCCAAAUUCCUUUUGGUACGAUGGCCACCUACACUUGUGUCAUUGGGUUUGCUCUGAUUGGUAAUGACAUAAGAUUUUGCACUGGAGAUGGCAGUAGCACUACUGGUGCAUUUAGUGGAAUUGAUCCAACUUGUGAACCUAUAACCUGUCCUCCUUUGAUGAGCCCAACCAAUGGCACUGUGUCUUAUGGCGGAGUUGCUACUGAUGUAAAUGGCAACUUUACGUUCAAUGUAAUGGCUACCUACAGUUGUGACACUGGGUUUUCUCUGAUUGAUAACAGCUCAAGGACUUGCACCGGAGAUGGAAUGAGUGUCAAUGGUGGCUUUAAUGGAACAGCUCCAACUUGUGACCCUAUAACCUGCCCUGCUGUGGCAGCGUCAAGUAGUGGCAGUAUUGAUUUUGGUGGAGCCUCAUCUGAUGGAAACAGCAACUAUGCCUUUGAUGUGGUAGCUAAUUACAAUUGUGAUAAUGGAUUUUCUCUGGUUGGUAAUAGCUCGAGGACGUGUACUGGAGAUGGCAGUAGCACUACUGGUGCUUUUGAUGGAGCAGCUCCAACUUGUGAACCCAUAACUUGCCCUGGUGUGCUCAUACCGAACAACGGCAAUAUUGACUUUGAUGGCGCCUCACUUGAUGAAAAUGGCACAUAUAUUUUUGCUGUGGUGGCUACCUACAGUUGUGACACUGGGUUUUAUCUGGUUGGUAACGACUCACGGACUUGCACUGGAGAUGGCAGUAGUAUUAUUGGUACUUUUGAUGGGUCGGCUUCAACUUGUCAGCUUAUCACCUGCCCUCCGUUGACUAUUCCUUUUAAUGGUGCUGUGACGUACAAUUCUACUGCUGAUGAAAACGGCAACUAUGAUUUUUAUGUGAUGGCUACCUACAAUUGUGACACUGGCUUUUUUCUGGUUGGUGACAACUCAACAACUUGCAUUGGAAAUGGCAGUAGCAUUACUGGUGCCUUCAAAGGCCUAGUUCCAAUAUGUGAAUCUAUAACAUGCCCAUCACUUUCCAAUCUAUCCAACGGCUCUCUGUCUUAUUCGAAUGUGCCUGAUCAAAACAACAGCUAUGCUUUCAAAGUCGAGGUUACCUACAGCUGCAACUCUGGGUUUGCUCUGGUUGGUAACAAGACAAGGAAUUGCUCUGGAGAUGGUAGUAGUACUACUGGCUAUUUUGAUGCGUCUGCUCCAACUUGCAAAGCAAUAACAUGUUCUCCUAUUGCCGACCCAAUUAAUGGGACUGUAAUCUAUUCUACUGAGGCUGAUGGUUUGGGAAAUUAUGUGUUCAAUGUGACGGCUAAUCACAGUUGUGACACUGGGUUUGAUCUGGUUGGUAACAACCCAAGGACUUGCAGUGGAGAUGGAAGUAGCAUUACCGGUGCAUUUGAUGGAGAGGAUCUGAAAUGUGAAGUUUUAGUUGCCUCUUUUGCAUCACUUAUCCUCGGUGUUGUCAUACCUGUUGUGAGUGUGGUGGCUGUACUAGCUCUAGUUGUACUGGGUGGAGCUGUCUAUGGAUACAUUCAAGUGAUAAGCCAUCUGUUGAAGUUAAAAAAGUCUGAAACCGGGACUGCUAAACUACUGUAAUCUUUAAUAUGGUUUUCAGUCUGUGCAAAACUAAUAAUUAUCACUGUCAACAGUACGUCAUUUACAUUUAAGUAGAUAGAGGUUUUUGGGUAUGAAACACUAACUUAUCGUUUAAUUUGUGAUUCUAAAGAAUAAUGCUCUAUACCAAUGAGCUCACUUUUAUGUUCGUUUCGAUCGAGAUAAAAAUGUUUGUUCAUGUACGUCUUGUCCACGUCCACUGACAACACUAUAAGGCUCUUCUCUGUAGUCUGUAUGGAAUGUCAUUAAUUUCACAUUUUG